GGAAGUGGCGGCUCCCGGGUGAAGGUUGAGCCUGGAUGGGCGGGGCGGGAAGCGGAAGGGCCGCGGUGCGCAGCCGCGUCAACGGCCCUUCAUAACGCGCGCGCUGUCUGACCUCAGUCUGGCAGCUUCGUAGCUGGGCGUGACGCUCACGACUUUAAGCUGCUGGGGGCGGUUGUCCGGGCAAGAUCCUUUACGACCCCUUCUCAGUUUCUCCGUCGUCACAGCGAAUAAAUCUCGCUCGAAAGUCACUGGCCCGCUCCCAGAAAGGCGAAAAGAUAUUCAAGAGCCCUUCCGUUUUCCUUCCAGUGGACCCCGAGCCCAGCAUUUGCGGCAUCUGCUGCUGGCAGUUUUGCCAGUUGUUUGUUACCUUGAAAAAUGGCUACUGGACAGGAUCGAGUGGUUGCUCUCGUGGACAUGGACUGUUUUUUUGUUCAAGUGGAGCAGCGGCAAAAUCCUCAUUUGAGGAAUAAACCUUGUGCAGUUGUACAGUACAAAUCAUGGAAGGGUGGUGGAAUAAUUGCAGUGAGUUAUGAAGCUCGUGCAUUUGGGGUCACUAGAAGUAUGUGGGCAGAUGAUGCUAAGAAGUUAUGUCCAGAUCUUCUACUGGCACAAGUUCGUGAGUCCCGUGGGAAAGCUAACCUCACCAAGUACCGGGAAGCCAGUGUUGAAGUGAUGGAGAUAAUGUCGCGUUUUGCUGUGAUUGAACGUGCCAGCAUUGAUGAGGCUUAUGUAGAUCUGACCAGUGCUGUACAAGAGAGACUACAAAAGCUACAAGGUCAGCCUAUCUCAGCAGACUUGUUGCCAAGCACUUACAUUGAAGGGUUGCCCCAAGGCCCUACAACAGCAGAAGAGACUGUUCAGAAAGAGGGGAUGCGAAAACAAGGCUUAUUUCAAUGGCUCGAUUCUCUUCAGCUUGAUAACCUCACCUCUCCAGACCUGCAGCUCACCGUGGGAGCAGUGAUUGUGGAGGAAAUGAGAGCAGCCAUAGAGAGGGAGACUGGUUUUCAGUGUUCAGCUGGAAUUUCACACAAUAAGGUCCUGGCAAAACUAGCCUGUGGACUAAACAAGCCCAACCGCCAAACCCUGGUUUCACAUGGGUCAGUCCCACAGCUCUUCAGCCAAAUACCCAUUCGCAAAAUCCGUAAUCUUGGAGGAAAGCUAGGGGCCUCUGUCAUUGAGAUCCUAGGGGUAGAAUACAUGGGUGAACUGACACAGUUCACUGAAUCCCAGCUCCAGAGUCAUUUUGGGGAGAAGAAUGGGUCUUGGCUGUAUGCCAUGUGCCGAGGGAUUGAACAUGAUCCAGUUAAACCCAGGCAACUACCCAAAACCAUUGGCUGUAGUAAGAACUUCCCAGGAAAAACAGCUCUUGCUACUCGGGAACAGGUACAAUGGUGGCUGUUGCAGUUAGCCCAGGAACUAGAGGAGAGACUGACUAAAGACCGAAAUGAUAAUGACAGGGUAGCCACCCAGCUGGCUGUGAGCAUUCGUGUACAAGGAGACAAACGCCUCAGCAGCCUGCGCCGCUGCUGUGCCCUUACCCGCUAUGAUGCUCACAAGAUGAGCCAUGAUGCAUUUACUGUCAUCAAGAACUGUAAUACUUCUGGAAUCCAGACAGAAUGGUCUCCUCCUCUCACAAUGCUUUUCCUCUGUGCUACAAAAUUUUCUGCCUCUGCCCCUUCAUCUUGCACAGACAUCACCAGCUUCUUGAGCAGUGACCCAAGUUCUCUGCUAAAGGUGCCAGUUACCAGCUUAGAAGCUAAGACCGAGGGAAGUGGCCCAGUGGUGACAGCCACUAAGAAAGCAACCACAUCUCUGGAAUCAUUCUUCCAAAAAGCUGCAGAAAGGCAGAAAGUUAAAGAAGCUUCACUUUCAUCUCUUACUGCUCCCACUCAGGCUCCCAUGAUCAAUUCGCCGUCCAAGCCCUCAUUACCUUUUCAAACCAGUCAAACUACAGGAACUGAGCCCUUCUUUAAGCAGAAGAGUUUGCUUCUAAAGCAGAAACAGCUUAAUAAUUCUACAGUUUCUUUCCCCCCACAAAAUCCAUGGUCCAACUGUAAAGCAUUACCAAACUCUUUACCAAUAGAGUAUCCAGGCUGUGUCCCUGUUUGUGAAGGGGUAUUGAAGCUAGAAUCCUCUAAAGCAACUCCUGCAGAGAUGGAUUUGGCACACAACAGCCAAAGCAUGGAUGCUUCUUCAGCUUCCAAAUCUGCGCUGGAGGUGACUCAGAAAGCAACCCCAACUCCAUGUCUUCUAGCUGCUGAGGACCAAGUGCCCUGUGAGAAGUGUGGCUCCCUGGUACCAGUAUGGGAUAUGCCUGAACACAUGGACUAUCAUUUUGCAUUGGAGUUGCAGAAAUCCUUCUUGCAGCCCCACUCUUCAAACCCCCAGGUUGUUUCUGCCAUAUCUCAUCAAGGCAAAAGAAAUCCCAAGAGCCCUUUGGCCUGCACUAAUAAACGCCCCAGGCCUGAGGGCAUGCAAACAUUGGAAUCAUUUUUUAAGCCAUUAACACAUUAGUGCUGCCCUCAGGCUUGCCUUUAGGAUUUAAUAUUUUUUAUCUCUACAGAUCUUUAAUAUUUUAUCUUUACAGAUUUCCCUGAGAAGGGGAAUUAUGAAAUUUUUAAUACAAAAAAUAAUCCAUUUAGGUGCCGAGUUACAGUCCCAUCUCUUCACAGGCGUGGAUUCUAAUGCCACUGCUGAUAGAGAUGUAAAAAUUCAUCCUACCAUUGAGUUUUUAAUCUUUAGCAUUUAGGGAGGCAGUGUCAUAUAGUAAAAAGUGUGUGGGCCUUGGAGUCUAAGAGACCUGGUUGCAAACUUAGCUCUGCUUAUUACAAUGAGGGCCUUGAACAAGUCAUUUUUUCACUUUCUUAUCUGUAAAAUGGAGAUAAUACCUUACAGAUUAUUGCAGAUUAAUAACAAUGUAUUCAAAUUAUAUAACUUGGCCAGGUACAGUGGCUCACGCCUGUAAUCCCAACACUUUGUGAGGCCGAGGCAGAUGGAUCACCUGAGGUCAGGAGUUCGAGACCAGUCUGGCCAACAUGGCAAAACCCUGUCUCUACUAAAAAUGGAAAAAUUAGCCAGGCAUGUUCCAGGCACCUGUAAUUCCAGCUACUCAGAGGCUGAGGCAGGAGAAUUGCUUUAACCCUGGAGGCAGAGGUUGCAGUGAGCUGGGAUCAUGCUACUGCGCUCCAACCUGGGGCAACAGCACAAGGACUUCAUCUCAAAAAAUAAAAAAUACAGGCAAUGCCAGCACUUUGGGAGCCUGAGGCAGGGAGAUCACGAGAUCAGGAGUUUGAGACCAGCCUGAGCAACAUGGUAAAACCCCAUCUCUACUAAAAAUACCAAAAAAAUUAGCUGAGCAUGGUGGCACACGCCUGUAAUCCCAGCUACUCAGGAGGCUGAGGCAGGAGAAUCACUUGAACCUGGGAGGCAGAGGUUGGAGUGAACUGAGAUCACGCCACCGACCGCACUAGAGCCUGGGCAACAGAGUGAGACUCCGCCUCAAACAAAAACAAGAACAAAGUUGCCACAGAAAAGGGACCAAGUUUAAAAAAGGGUUAUAAAUGUAAUGAGACUUGCAUAGUUAAAAA